AUGGUGAUUUACAUUAGCUGGGGAUCAGGCCCCAUGGAAUAUAUUAGUCACACUAGCUGGGCUGUCAUGUUGGUUUCUGAUGCAACACCUGACCAAAAAUUUGUAUCUAUUUGUAUCCAUUUAGCAGUCAGUCUCUGGGCUGUGGAUAUCAUCAAUUUGUUUGUCAACAUAUUGCUUGUGCUACGCCUUGAUUUUUGCAGGCCCAACCUAAUCCAGCUUUUGUUCUGUGAGUUCCUAACAAUACUGGUGCUGUCCUGCAGCUCCACCUAUGUCAACGAAAUCAUGAUGUUCAUGGCUGACAUCUUCCUGGCCAUGGGGAACUUCCUUAUGACUACCGUGUCCUAUAGCUUCAUUAUUAUCACCAUCCUGAAAAUCCAGAGCUCCAAAGGGAAGCAGAGAGCCUUCUCCACCUGCUCCUCCCACCUGCUUGUGGUCACCUUGUACUACUCCACCAUAAUCUACAACUACAUCCAGCCGAUCUCCAGUAACUCAUUGGAUAAAAACAAGAAAGUGGCCAUAAUGUACACCCUAGUCACUCCCACCCUGAACCCUGUGAUCUACAGUCUGCGCAAUAAGGAGGUCAAAGUGGCCAUGAAGAGAAUCUUUCCAUUCACCAAAAAAAGUUAA